GCCCAGGACAGCAGAACUUUUCUGUUGCUGCCAAUCAAGCCCCACAGACCCUCAGAUCCUGGCCUGCUCCAAGCUCGGCAGACCUGUGGGGCCCCCCAGUGAGGAGAUGCUGGCAGAGCUGGGGUCCUGUCUGCUGCUGGCGGUAGCGCUGCUGGGCCCAGGCCCCACGGCCCAUGCCAUGAAAGGUGUCAAAUGUGGGGGUGUGCUCUCAGCACCUUCCGGAAACUUCUCCAGCCCCAACUUCCCCAGGCUCUACCCCUACAACACAGAAUGCAGCUGGCUGAUCGUGGUGGCCGAGGGCUCGUCGGUGUUACUCACCUUCCAUGCCUUCGACCUGGAGUACCACGACUCCUGCGGCUUCGACUACCUGGAGGUGUACAACGGGGCCUCGGGGGACAAGGGCAGCCUGCUGGGGAGGUUCUGCGGCCAGGUGCCCCCACCACCCUUCACCUCUUCCUGGCAUGUCAUGUCUGUCGUCUUCCACUCAGACAAGCACGUGGCCAGCCGUGGCUUUUCUGCAGGCUACCAGAAAGAUGUGUGUGGUGGCGUCCUGACGGGCCUUUCAGGGGUCCUCACCAGCCCCGAGUACCCGGACAACUACCCCAACAACGUGGAGUGCCACUGGGUGAUCCGGGCCUCCGGCCCCGCCACCAUCAAGCUGGUGUUCAUGGACUUCCAGGUGGAAGGCAAUGAAGAAUGCACCUAUGACUACGUGGCCGUGCUUGGGGGGCCUGGCCCCGCCCACGGGCAUCACUACUGUGGCAGCACGCGGCCCCCCACUCUUGUGUCCCUGGGCCACGAGCUGCAGGUGAUCUUCAAGUCUGACUUUAACAUUGGAGGCCGGGGCUUCAAGGCCUACUACUUCUCAGGAGAAUGCCAGGAGGUGUACACAGCCAUGCGGGGCAACUUCUCCAGUCCCCAGUACCCCAGCGCCUACCCUAACAACAUCCACUGCCAUUGGACCAUCCGCCUGCCUCCGGGCUACCGGGUCAGGCUGUUCUUCCUGGACCUGGACCUAGAGGGUCCCAACAGCCUGACCAGGACCUGUGACUUCGACCAUCUGGCAGCUUUUGAUGGGGCCAGUGAGGAGGCCCCCCUGCUGGGAAAUUGGUGUGGCCACCACCUGCCAGCACCAGUCACCUCGGGCCACAACCAGCUCUUGCUUCUGCUGCACACAGACCGCAGCACCACCCGAAGGGGCUUCUCCGUGGCCUACAUUGGAGUCGUGCCCAUGAACGUGAGCUGCUCCCGCACGGACUUCCAGAUCCUGAUCUCCGCACAGGCGCUGGCGCCCCUGGAGCGGACCAAGGUCUACCUGGGCAGCCGCAACUGUGCUGCCCAGGAAGCCGGCGGCACCUUCCGGAUCCAGGCCCGCUUUGACACCUGCGGCACUGAGUCUCAGAGGAGGAACAACACCUCGGUGAUCGUCAGUGUGCUGUACAUCGACUUCUCGGCUGGUGGGCCAGAGGACAUCCAUGAGUAUGAGGUCCGCUGUGAGCCACGGCGCAAGGAGGCUUCUGUCCACCUGCUGUCUGGCUCCGACUGGCUUGGGCCCUAUGCUGCCACAGCCGAGCACCUUCAGGAAGCACCCCCCAGGGAUGAGGUGGAGGCCCCGGAUGGCCCUGUGGCCAUGGUAGCUCAGGACACCAGUGACAUUGUCUUCCUGGGCCUUUGCAUCCUAGCCGGAGUCCUCAUGGUCAUUGCCAUCGUGGUCCUGAUGCUGCUGUGA